AUGAAUAAUAACGUGAAUUUUAACAAUAAUCCACCUGCUGCACUUAUGUCCUAUCCAUUUCCAAUACAUAAUACAUCUCAACAUCCAACAUUAAUGGAACAACCAUAUAGUAAUCAAACACUACCACCACAUUUUCAAGCACCUGCUGCCCAUUUUUAUAAUAUAAGACACACAAUGCAAACGGUUCGACCUGAAAAACGAAAGCAGGAAAUAUUAACAUGUGAUGCAUGUGGUAUCGAAGUUAAUUCUCAACAAAUGAUGGAUGCUCAUAUUCGAGGACAAAAACAUAUUAAAAAAUUAAAACUUAAAACAGUAUCAACACCAACUACACCUAACAAUCAAACAGCCGAUACUAUCGAUAUCGAACAAAAACCUUCCCUUCCAAUAGUACCAACGGCGGAUGUAGUACCUAAACCUGAACCGAUUUUAUCUGUAGCUACUAAUAUUAAACCACCAGCAUCUUCUAGUGAUAAGGGUACUUUACAAUUAUUGAAUGAAUUAGCAAAAUUUAAUAAGGUAGACGCUAAAUAUGAUUUAAUAAAAGAAGCUGGUCCAGCACAUUGUAAACAAUUUGAUGUUCAAUUAACUCUUGGUGGUGAAACAUAUCAAGGUACUGGAACAAGUAUUAAACGAGCACAACAAGUUGCUGCUGAACAAGCAUUAGCAUCAACAGCAUUAAAAAAACCUGAAUUAGCACAACGUGGAGUACCAUCAGCAAGAGCACCACGUAGAGGAGGAGUUGGUCAAGGAAUGUAUUCAAAUAUUCGUCAUCAAUAUCCAUCACCACAACCAGUACGACAAAAAUCAUAUCCGCCACCAAUACAACAACAACAACAAACAAUUUCAAAUAAUGAAAAUGCAUUUCAAAAUUUAAUAAACAAUAAAUAUACAGAAAUAAGUGAAAGUGAACAUACAAUACUGAUUUUACAACGUUUAAUUGAAGAUAUCGAACGAGCAUUAAAAACUGUAUCCGAUAAGAUUACUGAACAAUGUAAAAUAAAUAAUAUGCCUGUUGAACCAAAAUUGCCAGAUAAUGUGAAAUUAAAUAAUGUCGAACAACCUACUGAAGAUGCAACUGAAGCAUAUCGAAUGCUAAAAGGUGCAAUGAAAGUUUCGACAUUAGCUAUGCGUCUUUUUCUUAAAACUGAUGAACAAUAUUCCUUAGUACUUAUAUGUGCAAAUAAACCAACAUUAACAUUACUUAAUGAUAUUUGUCAAGAAUUAACUAUUGGAUUAAAUGCUCAAGCUAUUGCAGCUAUACAUUUAGAUUCAAAUAAUGGCGAACAAUCAAUUCCAACAACUUAUGAAAUUGAAACACAUGCCGAUGAUGCAUGUCUUACUAUUAAAUGUAGUCUUUUACCUAAACAUACUAUUCGAAUAAUGUUAACAUCACCGGUAUUUCGUAGUGAAAACUUUCUUAAUCUUGAUAAUACCACACGACAACAAGUAGCUGAAUUAAAUCCCGAUCCAAUUGAUAUGUUAAAUAAAAAUAAAUGUUUAGAAGCAGCAGCUGAAAUACGUCAUUCAAAUUGGUUUACUCAUUGUAUGCUUGAACAGAAUUCAAAUAUAAUUGUUCUUCGUAUUUUACGUGAUUUACAAUACAAUCAAACACCAUUAUCAUUUCUUAAUCUUUGGUGUCUUACUUUACUAGUUUAUAAAUGUCAAAAUCAACCACCAAAUUUAUUAACCAACCUUUUUCGUUCAGUAUUUGCUUGUUUAAGUAGUGGUAUACUUUUACCAAAUCAAAUUGGUCCUGGUAUAAUUGAUCCAUGUGAAAAAGAAUUAAUCGAUGCCGCUGCUUAUUUAACAAAUGAACAACGUUUAAGUAUAACAAAUUAUGCUCAACAUAUUAUUCGUUUAAUUGCUUUUGAAAAUUAUGAAAAAAUUUUUCAAUUUGGAUCAUAUCAAACGGAACAAUUAUCAAGUAAUACUAACAUGAAAUAA